AUGGACGCCACUGCAACUCCCUGGACCAAGAAGCCCAUGACCCACAGACUACUCCAGCGGAAGCAAAUGGUCAUUGGCGUCCUUCACCUUGGGAUGGCAACAGUACCCACGGCAGAAAUUCGGGGGAAACUAGCCAAAGUGUACACGAUCACAGCAGAUGUCAUCUUUGUGUUUGGAUUCAGAACCCAUUUUGGCGGUGGCAAGACCACUGGCAUCGGCAUGAUUUAUGAUUCCUUGGCUUACGCAAGGAAAAAUGAACUUAAAUGUGGACCUGCAGGACAUGGCCUGUCUGAGAAGGCCUCAAGAAAACCACAAAAGGAACGCAAGAGCAGGAUGAAGAAAGGCAGACGGACUGCAAAGGCCAAUGUUGGUGUUGCAAAAAGGAGAGAAGAUCUUCAGUGCUUUUAUCCGUGGACCCCUGCCUCGGCCAUGAAAAGGAGCCUGGACCAGCCUGCUGGAGGGACAGAGAACAAGAACGGGCCAGUCUGCGGAGUAGAGCCACACCUGACACUGUGCUACAUCCACCAGCCACAGCUCAGCCGCCCACUGGCCACAGAGUAA